AGAGAACAAGACACUGCAAUGCCCAACUUGUCGAGCAACAGUCAACAUCGAAGGAGGCGACAUCGCGAAUCUUCCUUGUUCAUUCACUUUCAACUCGCUGCUUCAGUUAUUCGACUCCAUGAAAACAAAGUCUAACGAACCGAGCCAGCAGCAGCUUCAAGAGUGUGUUGGUUGUUCAAAGUGCGACGCGUUGGUCGGAUUUUGCCCUCAGUGUGAAGGAAUAAUUUGUGAUGAAUGCAUGAAUGCUCACCGAACAGUAACCUUGUUGAUAAAGAGCCACAAGGCAACACUUUGGAGCGAGUUCAAUCCAGAGGUUUUGAACAGCUUUGUCAACAACCAAGCAGUUUGCAAAGAGAAGUUCCAUAUGAAUUCUCGUCUUGAAUAUUAUUGCAAGACUUGCAAGAAGUGUAUUUGUCAAAAAUGUGGCACAACUGCACACAGCAGCCAUGACAAGGUCAGCAUCGAGGAGGCAGCUGAAGAUGCUAAAAACCUUAUCAGAAAAGAAAAGGAUCGACUGAAUGAGCUGAUUAUCGGUUAUAAGAAAGAAUUAGAAUUGUCCAAUGAAAAUAUGAGAAAGAUCGAAAGCGAGGUUGAUACGGCAAAAGACGAAGUGCACAGUGCCACACAAGCUCUGAUGAAGAUUCUACAAUACCACGAAGAUGCUGUGAUUGCUGAAUUAGAUCACAUUCGGUUACGACACAAAACGAACUCUGAGAAGCUAAAUAGCGAGAUCAACGCUGACAUCGAAAUAUUUUCCGAGCUGAAACAAAAGUGUGAGACUAUGGAUGAGAAUAAGUUAGAACAUUUUAUAUUGGAAAGCUAUGAAAAUUUACAAGAUGUCUGUAAAACUGCAAUUCAAAACAAUUCCACUCCAUUAUCGACCAAGCCAAACAAGCACAGCACAAAGAUACAUUACAUUUCAAACCCAGAGGUCAUUCCCGUGAUGCAAAAGCUGAAACUUGGUGAGGUAGUUGAAAGCGUGACGGAUCCGUUACGUUGUUCUAUAAAUUCGCUAAGUAAAUCCGUUUGGUGUGGUUUUACCAAUGAAUUUGUUAUCGAAACAAGAAAUUCAGCAGGGGAUGUAUGCCACACCAAUAAAGAUAUAAUUGAUGUUCAAAUCCAAGAUGUCGAUGGCAACGAUGUACAGAAAGAACUGACCGCAACUGAAACUGAAACUGGAAGAUUUCUAGUUAAGUAUAAGGCAGAAAAACCUUCACCCUACAAAGUUGUCGUGAGUAUUGGAGGAAAAGAAAUCAUGAAUUCCCCACAGACUGUUAAAGCAGAUGUGAAAACCUAUUGUGCCAUCAGACACUUUGGAAAAAAGAGAUUGGUGAGACCCAUUGCAGUAGCCAUCAAUGACCAAAGCGUAGGUGCUGUUGUUGAUCAUGGGCCUAAUAAAACUGCUAUUGUUUUAUUCAAUUUUGCAAAUGGACAGUACAAGAAAGAGUUGACCAUUGGAGAACAAAUUGUUGAAGGUAAUAAAUGUGAUCUUUUUGGAGUAAUCUUCAGCCAAACAAAAAGAAUUCUUGUCAGCCACAAUCCUGGCGGUUCUGGAUGGAUCAAGGAAUUUGAUAUUGAUGGUAAUGAAAAAAGAACUCUUUGUACCCUACCGAACGGAAUAUAUUCUUCACGAAUGUGUAAGGCCAAUCACAGCAUUGCUUGUUUGUGUUGGAAUUGGAAAACCAAAGAGACAUUUAUAAAGUUGUUCAGUGAUAAAAAAAGUCAUUAUCACCUUCAUGACAUCAAACUGGAUGUUCCUGAUGAUGGUCAAGAGAGGCCUUUCACAUUAGCUUAUGAUAACAAUAAGUACUUUGUAUCGUUUUUCAACAGCAACACUGUUUAUGUCUUCAAUGAGAGUGGCAAUCUGUUAUACACGUUUGGAGGCAAAGGUAAAAAAGAAGGUCAAUUUGACCUCAUACGUGGACUUGCUGUGCUUGGCAAAGACUUGCUUGCAGUCUGUGAUCGAGAUAAUCACCGUGUCCAGGUCUUUUCUCAAAGUGGUCACUUUCUAACUUCCUUUGGUACCUACGGGUCAAGUCAGGGAGAAAUGGAUGUUCCCGUAGACAUUGCUAUUACACAAGAUGAGAAAGUCUUUGUUUUGGAACUAGAUGGAAAACGUGUGCAAGAGUGGAAAUAUUGUUCUCAACAUGAUCGCUUUCUGACAAUCAUGGAAGGACUUCAUAGCUUUACUUCUGACUUUGAAGCUCAGUUGACUUGUGCUGUUUGUAACGAAAUCUUUACUGAGCCAAGGACACUACCGUGUUUACAUACUUUCUGCUUUAAAUGCAUCAAAGGCUGGAACGAGACUUGCCAAAAAGAGAAGAAGACACUAAAAUGCCCAACUUGUCGAGCAGCAGUCAACAUCGAAGGAGGCGAUAUCGCGAAUCUUCCUUCUUCAUUCACUUUCAAGUCACUGCUUCAGUUAUUCGACUCCAUGAAAAUGAAGGCUGACGAACCCAACCAACAGUUUCCAGAGUGUUCUGGUUGUUCAAACAGCUGCACUUUGAUUGGAUUUUGUCCCCAGUGUGGAGGAAUGAUCUGUGAUGAAUGCAUGAAUGAACACAGAACAGCAAAGGUAUUGAUAAAGAGCCACAAGGCAACACUUUGGAACGAGUUCAAUCCAGAGGUUUUAAACAGCUUUGUCAAUAACCAAGCAUUUUGCAAAGAGAAGUUCCAUGUGAAUUGUCGUCUUGAAUUCUACUGCAAGACUUGCAAGAAGUGUAUUUGCAAUAAAUGUUCUGCAACAGCACACGGCAGCCAUGACAAGGUCAGCAUCGAGGAGGCAGCUGAAGAUGCCAAAAAGCUCAUCAGAAGAGACAAGGAUCGACUGAAUGAGCUGAUUAUCGGUUACAAGAAACAAUUACAACUGUCCAAUGAAAAUAUGAGAAGAAUUCAAAGCGAGAUUAGCACAGCAAAGGCAGAAGUACGCAACCACACACAAAAUCUGAUAAAGAUUCUACAAGACCACGAAGACAAUAAGAUUGCUACCUUAGAUUUUGUCCGUUUGGAUCGCAUGUCAGCUGCUUUCAAGCUAGAUGAUGAGAUUAGGGAUGGCAUACAAACAUUGUCCGAGCUGAAGCAAAAGUGCGAGACUAUGGAAGAGAAUAAUUUAGAACAUUUUAUUUUGGAAAGCUCUGAAAAUUUACAAGAUGUCUGUAAAACUACAAUUCAAAAGAAGUCCACUCCGUUAUCGACCAAGCCAGAGAAGUUACAUUACAUGUACAUUCCAAACCCACAGGUUUUUUCUGACAUGCAAGAGAUCAAACUGGGUGAUGUAGUGGAAAGUCUGGCAGAUGCGUCACAUUGUUCUAUUGAAGAUCUAACAAAAUCUGUUAUAUGUGGUGUUAUCAAUGAGUUUCUCAUUGUGAAUAGAGAUUCAGAUGGAAAUGUAUGCCCUGCAAAUAAAGAUUUCAUCGAUGUGAAAAUCCAAGAUGCUGACAACAAUGACAUACAGAUCAUGGAGCUCACCGAAACUGAAACUGGAAGAUUUCUAGUAAAGUAUAAAGCAGAGAAACCUUCACAGUACAAAGUUAUGGUGAGUAUUGUAGGAAAAGAAAUCAAAAACUCACCACAGACUGUUACAGCAGAUGUGAAAACCUAUCGUGCCACCAGAACCUUUGGAAAGAAGAGAUUGGUGAAACCCAUUGGAGUAGCCAUCAAUGACCAAGGCGUAGGUGCUGUUGUUGAUCAUGGGCCUGACAAAACUGUCAUUGCUUUAUUCAAUUUUGCAAAUGGACAAUACAUGCAAGAAUUUUCCAUCAGACCACAAAUUUAUGCAUUGGAUUCAGAUCGGUUUGGAGUAAUAUUCAACCAAAAAAAUCGACUUCUUGUCUGCCACAAUCUAGGCGGUUCCGGAUGCAUCAAGGAAUUUGAUAUUGAUGGUACUAAGAAAAGAACUGUUUGUAUCCUACCUAAAGAAAUAUAUACAUCACGAAUGUGUAAGGCCAAUCACGGCAUUGCUUGUUUGUGUUGGAAUGGGAAAACCAAAGAGACAUUUAUCAAGUUGUUCAGUGAUAAAAGUUAUGAUCACAUUCAUGACAUCAAAAUGGAUGUCCCUGAUGAUGGUCAUGAAGAGCCUCACUCAUUAGCUUAUGUGAACAAUAAGUACUUUGUCUCGUUUUUGAACAUGGACAAUGUUUAUGUUUUUAAUGAGAAUGGUGGUCUGUUGUACACGUUUGGAGGCAAAGGUAAAAAAGAAGGUCAGUUUGAUCUCGUACGUGGACUUGCUGUAUUCGGCAAAGACAUGCUUGCAGUCUGUGAUCGAAAUAAUCACCGUGUCCAGGUCUUUUCUCAAAGUGGUCACUUUCUAACUUCCUUUGGCAGCUACGGCUCAAGACAGGGAAAAAUGGAUGUUCCCAUAGACAUUGCUAUUACACAAGAUGAGAAAGUCUUUGUUUUGGAACUAGAUGGAAAACGUGUGCAAGAGUGGAAAUGAAAAUAUCAAGAACAUCUUGUUUUAUAUGUACAAUGUACCUCCUUCAAGACUUCURUGCAUGGAACUAAAGUUGAAAUAUUAUUGCAUGAUAGGCAAAUAAAAAAAUACAAUAGGCAAAUUUACAAUUAAAGUCAACUGAGAUUGUCCUCAAACAUUUAUUACCCUGUUAAGACAUGCUCCACUUCUUGCUUAUAAAGAGAUUUCCAAGAUGCACAGAGGCUUUAAAAAAUAUUGCUUGGAAAACUUAAUUUUGGUUGGAAUUCCAAACUCCAAGGUAGUUUACUCCCAAGAUUUCAUCAUUUGCAAUAUGUAUGCAAUAUUUUGAAACAGACAUGCCACACGUGGGUCUCUAUCAUCCAUAAUAUGGUAUAUCAUUAUUUAGGUUUCUUGUGUUGUGAUUUCCAAUACUUCUGGACUUCUUGAUCGAGUAUUGAAAAAUGGAAAAAUUAAAAAAAAAGAUUUCUAUUAAUAUAUCAAAUACACUUGGGCAAUGACAUAGAUUUUGAAUGAUGCAUGCUUGUGUACAAUAAAACUGAGAUAAAUAAUAUGAGAUACAUAUCAAA